AUAACCCAUGAUUUUGUAAAAACGUAAAAUUAAUCCGCAUGUGAGAGCGAAGGAGAACUAUUCAGCGUCACGAAAUGGAUCGCAUGAAGUUCACUUGCGUUAUUAUUUGCGGUAUUUUUGGACUUUUUGAUCAAGGCGUCGCAGCUGGAAAACCAAAUAUGUACCCUACAGAGGAUGAAAUUAUCAUCCAAGAAGGAGCCGAGUUGAAAAUCUCAUGCUCCGGUGUCAGUACCAUCCAUUUUUCAGCCAUGAAUAUUUCCGGAAUAAAAGCUUCAUUGUCAAGGACUGAAAUCGAUAAAUCUUCCGGCGUAUGUACGUUCAUUGUGCCUAACAUGAGACGAACCGAUGCUGGAUGGUAUGCUUGCGCGGAGGAAGGAAUCCAGAUUCAGAACGACGAGCAAACUGUGGAACAUCCUACCGAAAAUAUCAGCUGGAUCUACGUAUAUGUGAAUUCGUCAGAUCCAUUUGCUGGCUAUUUUCCGCCUGUCGGUAAAACGAUAAAAAGACCAAUUUCGAGUUCUCUGGUCAUACCGUGUCGGCCAACGUUGCGCCACAUGCAAAUACCGAUCUUAUUGAAAGUUGAGCAGGUGGUUGACCUAUCACGUGAGGGUUUCCGAUUCGACCCGAAAAUUGGAUUCAUCAAAGAUAACGUGAAUGAAUCUUCUACCAUCGAAUACACCUGUAUAUCAUCACCGUUGGAAGGAGGGGUUGCUGGCGAAGUAGUAGUCAUCGUGAAAAUAGAAAAAAUGACAAUGGCACCUCCAAUCAUCGACGAGGACAAACUCCGACACUUAGUAUGGGGGCAGAACCACACUUUCAGCUGUCACAUCACCAAUACAACUCAUAAGCCGGGUAUUGAUAUAUAUCAACUGACGUGGGAAGCCCCGGAUUCGAUACCAGAGGAGAGACUGCGGCGCAAGAAUCUUACUGGAACAGAAGUCGUGUUGACUAUACUAGAUGUGCAGAAAAGUGAUAGCGGGAAAUAUACUUGUAUUCUGGAGGGAAGAUCCCACAUAAAUCCCACUUCCAAAUCAGUAGACAUUAAAUUUUAUGACCCCCAUGCUGCGUACAUUAAUGUGACUGCAAUUUCGCCCUCGACUCAAACCGUAAAUGCAACACAAACAGCAGUUUGGGAAGUUGAUAUCGACACGUAUCCUGAAGCCAACAUCACAUGGCUCGAUACGGAAGGAACAAGAAUUUCCAAUUCAACCGAGUACUCGCAUCAUGUAUCAGGGACAAAUCACAAGUUCCAAAUACACAAUGUGAAAAUUGCUGAUUUUGGUAACUACACAAUUCGUAUCGACUAUGGGAACGAAACUAAAGACCAUCUACUUGAAUUGAAGGUUCGAGCGCCACCAACUGCUGAGAUCGAGGCUCUAUAUCUUUCGCACAAACGAAACAAAGUUCGCGAAUUCCUUUGCCGGAUAUCCGGGUAUCCGUUACCAAACGUAACAUGGCGUUACUCGGAAUUCGCCGAUCUUGAAUCAGACAAUAAAUCUGUCUACACAGUACUUCCGCCAACAAGAAACGAGUCGUUAGAUAAUCCCUUAGCCGGCUUUCGCUCGUUUUUAAAAAUAUCGAUCAACGCAACAGGUAAUCUGACAUGCAGAAGUUGCAACGAAAUCCAUUGUGCCGAAUCCAUCAAGAAAAUCCACGUUGAUGGUAAUUACCCAACGGCAGAAGCAUCUUCCCAUAAAGAUAUCAUCUGGAUCAGCUCGAUCUGUAUCCUCAUCACAAUCAUCAUCGUAGUUAUUAUUUGUAUGGGAGUCAGAAUGAACCGUGAAAAACGCCGGAUAAUGGAAUUGCUCGACGCAGGAUUGACGCAUUUCGAAGAUGGAGCACUGGAGUGUUUAAAUCCCGACUUGACCGUAGGUGAACAAGCGGAGUUGUUACCCUACGACAAGAAAUGGGAAUUUCCGCGAGAGGAUCUGAAACUUGGUAAACAACUGGGAAGUGGUGCCUUCGGCGUUGUGAUGAAAGCUGAGGCGCGAGGGAUUUGUGUCGCAGGUGAAAUCACCACCGUGGCUGUAAAAAUGGUUCGACGAUCGGUGGAUCCGAGUUACAUGAAAGCUCUAUCCGGUGAACUCAAGAUCUUGAUUCACCUCGGCCGACAUUUGAAUGUCGUCAAUCUUCUCGGUGCUUGCACCAAAACCAUCCUCACUAAGCGUGAAUUGUACGUAAUUGUGGAAUACUGUCGGUUCGGGAAUUUGAACAACUAUUUGCAACGUCAUCGAGCAAGUUUCAUCGACCAAAUCGAUCCCUCUACAAAAAAAUUCAAUCCGAAUAUCGGUAUGGAGUUUUUGGUCGGAAGCGAAAGCAUUUGUAGCCAGAAUAGAUUCAACUGCACAGAACUUUUCCGCAGCAUUAGUACACAGUCAUCUAGCAGCAAUAGUGGUACUUCGAGGGUUGAUUACCGCCAAAGCAUGCAUUUCGAUGACGUGAACAUGUCUCCCGAUGGUGCCAUUUUGAGUAACAAUUCAGUUCAGCCUGGCUGGCGGUCUAAUUACCGAGGCGACUACAAAGAUCAGAAUUUAAAUCCCGUUUGUACACGAGACUUGCUCUCCUGGGCUUGGCAGGUUUCACGGGGUAUGGAAUAUCUCAGCAGUAGAAACGUUCUACACGGCGAUUUAGCAGCAAGGAACAUACUCCUUGCAGACGAUAACGUGGUAAAAAUUUGUGAUUUCGGAUUGGCAAAAAAUAUGUACAACGAUAAAAAUUAUACGAAAAAAGAAGAUUGUCUCUUGCCGGUGAAGUGGAUGGCAAUUGAGUCGAUCAGAGACCGAAUCUUUUCAACUCAGUCAGACGUUUGGUCCUUUGGGAUAGUCUUGUGGGAGUUUUUCACGUUGGCACGUACUCCGUAUCCUAGUAUGGGAGCCAAAGAACAAUAUGACCAAUUAACCGAUGGCUAUCGUAUGGAAAAACCGGAAUAUGCAACCGAAGAAAUAUACGACAUUAUUUUAAAUUGUUGGAAAGAAAAACCUAAUUUGCGUCCCUCGUUUUCUGAGCUGGUUGAAAAUAUUGGAACUCUGUUGGAUGAAGACCUUAAAAUCCAUUAUGCGAACCUGAAUUUUCCCUACGAGAACGUGAAUAUCGAAACUUCGCGAAAUAGGGAAAGCGAUUACUUGAUCAUGAUGUCUGCUCCAAAUCAUAGCCAUCACAUUUCACCUAAUCUAGCGUUGGAAGUAUCAUCACACUCAGAUUACCUACCAAUGACUGCGGUUAACAAAAGUGGCCAGGGGACCACGUACGGCAUUCGCCCAGAACUUCAUAAACCUCGUUCCGAGUUUCCUUCGCCGAAAGAGGACGCCCUAUACAAUUCUGAUUCGGGAAUUUGUAUUGAGCCAAAACUAAAACUCGAAAAUGAAACCUCUCUGAAACCGCCGAUCACGAAUCUCCAUAAAAGAUAUUGCAAUAUACCGAAUGUUUUACAAAAUCAGUCUUCAGUGAAUGACAAGAUUUCCAACGACAUUCUACAUGUUUCGAAAAACAUAACGAAUAACUUGCCUUCGUUCUUGCACGGUAACCAGAAUGAGUAUGUCAAUACGCUGCCACUGAAUAUUGACACUGCCAAUGAUAAAGCAAAUAGCUGUAGAAAUUCAAGUUACGUCAUUGUACCCACAACAAAUAUCGAUGAGCAGUUUGCCCAGCAGCUUACUUGA